AUGGUCAACUUAAAUUGGCCAGAACAGGAGAGGGGCAAGCUAAGAACAGCAGGCAUCCCCAACAUGAACAGAAGAGUCACAAAGGAGGCAAACAUGAAAUCAAAGGCAAACAUCUCAACUGGGGUAGUUCUGUGCAGCAGGUGCAAAUGUGAAAGUGAGUUGAAGGGCCCAGUUCUGGCCCGACCCAAAGACAUAGCAAGGCAGAAGGCUUAUCAAAAGCCUGCCCAAAGCAACAGAAAAAUGACAGAGCAGCCAAAGAAGGAGAUACCAAUUAAGAUGCCCAGAAAUGAUAAGCCCUUGGCAACUAUCAUAGAAGGCAAAUGGUAUUCUAUUGGAAAGAACGGCAGACCAACUUUGGAGCUUACCAAAACACAAAAGAGGAGAGUCCAGAGGCAAUACUGCACCUUCCUAAAAAACAAGGGCAGAAUAGACAACAUAUCAACCAGAAGAGCUGACAAAGACAGAAUCUCCAAGCGAACCUUCUAUCCAUCUUGCCUCACCCUCAAUCAAACAGUUAGAACCUUCACAUCACAAGGUCAAUCCGGACCUAUUCCAGUAGAAGGACAUGAAGGUUGGAUUGAAGAAUAUGAAGAGGAACAAUUGGACUAUGAACCAUCUGCAGAUGACCAGAUCGGACUCCUUGAAACAAGUGAGAAAGAAGAUUGGACAGAAGAAUAUGGAGAAGAACAGAUGGAGUACGAUGGAGAACUAGAUGAUGAAACUAAGGCUUCCGGUGCAGAUUUAGAGAGCCUGUUACAAGGUGAUCUAGGCAUUAAUAUGGUGUUUAUCCUAUCAGAGAAGUUUAGGGUAGCAGAAGGACAAGAGAACACUUUAGAAGGAGUGUACUCUCACAAGAGAAUUUCGAGUGCAGGUUGGCAUAAAUGGAGGAGGCACCAGAACAGCAAAUAUCUGCUGACAGAAUAG